GCUGAUCUCCACUGUCGUGCUCUGAAACCUGGCGAGUUGACGUUUUCGCUCACCGGCACUCCCGUAUUGGCCGAUGGCGGUUAUCAUAUUGACGAUGAUGCGCAGCAAAUUGCACAGAUGCUGAAAUUCGAUGAAGCUGAACUGACACCAGAGACUCGGAGUGUUGUGCACGGCCUCAAGACAGUGAUCCGUAGAAUGCACAACGCCGAUGGUGACGUCGCAUAA